ACGGGGGGGAAGCGUCGCUGUGGAGUGAACUUGUGAACUCCACGCGCCGAACAAACGAGUUUUUAUGAGCUUUAAAAACUAUUUAUUUGCUCAAACAGAGUAAAGAAUUAAAAAUAAGCGCCACUUUGGUUUUUAUUUACACUUCUUUGUGAGUGUGUGUGCAGGUGUGUACAGGUGUGUACAGGUGCGAGAUGCGUGAGGCGUGAGGCGUGGUGAGCGUGCUCUCCAGCACCAUGGGGAAGCUGCAGAGUAAGCUGCACCGCCGCUCUGACAUCUACAGAGCCAGAGAGGGGGCGGAGUCUACACCACUACCCCAGGUGGCGCAGUAUGAGCCCGCCCACUCCGACGCUGUCAACUGUGUGACAUCGUUGAACUCUGACCUGUGUGUGUCGGGUGGGAGUGACCAGGCCGUUGUGGUUUAUGACUGGAGAGCAGGAAAAGUGUGCAGAUGUUUUCAUGGCCACAGUAAGGAGAUCACCAAGCUGGGUUGCUUGGCAGGCAGCACGUGGAUCUUCAGCGCAUCCCGUGAUAAAUCAGUGUUGAUGUGGGAUUUCACCGGCGGUCCGAACCCCAUCCAGUCAUUCUGUGGACACGAACUCGUUGUCAACGGAGUCGCCGUCAGCCCAGACGGGUCGAAGCUGUGCACCGGCUCUCGUGAUAACUCCAUGUGUCUGUGGGACGUCGGGAGCGGGAAGUGCUUACACAGAAACACCAUCUCACGCAACCUGGUGACUCAUCUGUGUUGGGUUCCUGGAGGAACAUCAAUAGUCCAAACCUCAGAAGAUAAAACCAUCAGAGUGUGGGACAGUCGGACAUGGCAGGUGACGAACACGUUUCCAGCUAAGCAGUACAUCCAGACUCACUGUGACGUGAGUGUGAACCACUACCACCUUCUGUCCAGCAGCAACGGCUUCGGGGGUCACGGCUGUGAGGCCACGCUGUGGGACCUCAGACAGCCGGGCUGUAAGGUGGUGGAGUACAGAGGACAUGUCCAGUCCACGGCGUGCUGCGUGUUCCUCCCCCCGAGUAUCGGCUCGCCUGCGCUCGUCGCCUCGUCAUCACACGACAGCUCGGUCAAGAUCUGGGACCAGAACACGGCUGCGUGUUUGUUCACUCUUCCUCUAGACGGCUCAGGGCCGUUGGCGUCGUUAGCGCCGUGUGACUCCAGCACUCUCCUGUGUGCCAGCUACUACACAGGCCUCCACCAGCUGCAGCUCUCACAGGGGACGACCCCCAGCCUCAGGGAGGUGGCACGCUUCUGACCUGCGCUAAUGCUAACGCUAACGCUAACUUCCUGUCUGGAGCAGGAGAGAACUUCUCACUCAGGGACACACACACUGCCAUCCCGCACACAUCGUUAAUGCACUGAGGCCAUUACACAUUUCAUAAGCUCCACCCACUAGCCACGUUGUAGGGGUACGGUACCUGACUAUCUGGUCAGCUACACAAAGUAUUGGCACCCCUUGUCCAUCAGUGGAAAUUAUGUUGGGCGAGAACCCUAUUCUCUUUACAGAAGCUAAGCUACAGCUUAGACACAAGAAAGAACAAACACCGAGCCAUGAUGUUGCUCUCAUUCUCUCUAUUUAAAAAAAAAAAAACACUUUAUGCAAAGAAAUAGCCAGAGUGUGUUACACACACACACACACAUCUCCACUCCUGCUUUGCACUUACUAACCACUAAUGUAUACAAGAACACUGCACAUAAACAGGAAGGGCAUAUACACACACACACACACACACACAGUAAAGUCACUGGAGGAAGUGGAAAUCCUUUAUUUAUCAGCCUCCAUCUACAACAAAAUAAAACAACUCUACAACUACAUCCUGUUCAAUACGGGAUAAACAAUGCAAAUGUUCCCUCACAUGCACAGCGUUUAGUGUGUGUGUGUGUGUGUGUGUGCGUGUGUGUGCGUGUGUGUGUGAACAGAACCCUGGCUGUCACACUCAGGUCUGAGAGCAUCUGAGCUACGUGGUCUGGUUUUGCGUCCAAAUGAUUUGACUCUGAAUCGACUCACUGCAGGAAGUCAAUCAAACGUUUCCUUUUUUUCUUUUUCUUUUUUUUGCGAGCUGCUAAACUGAGCCAAAGUACAGAGCUGUAGUGCUGGAGAGUUACAUCUACAAACAACAACACAUAAAAUGCUUUAAACUAGUUUUAUAUAUAUAUAUAUUGAUGCACUCACUAGCCACUUUAGAAAAAUAGGAACACCUGUACGCCUGCUGAUUCGUGCAGUCAUUCAAUCAGCCAAUCAGCAAACAUCAAGUGAGCAUCAGGAAGCCAGAGCAGGAAAUAACCACUCUGUGCAGCUCUGGGGCGCAGAAAAGCAUCUCAGAACAACAAACAUUGAGCUCAGAUGAGCUACAACAGCAGGGGAUCGGAUCAGGCUCCUCUCCUCUCAGCCAAGAACAGGAAUCUGAUGCCAAGUCCAAGUUAGACAGACUCAUGAGUGACCUAAAAGUACAACAAAGGACUCUGGAGGUCAAAGUGCACCACUGUGUUUAAUGCUGUUCCUCUAACUAAAGGGCGGGAUGUGAAGUACCACUCCAGUGACAAAGUGAUCGGACUUCCCGGAUGAUUCAAGGCUCCGCCCUCUUUUUCAUACAGACUCUCACUGCUGUUUCAUAACAUAGUUUAUUUUCAUCAAAUUAGCUUUACAGUGUUUGUAUAUUAACGUGACUGAAAGAGACUUCUGUCAGUCGUUAGCUACGCUUGCCUGGAAGUAAACACGCCCUGGCUGAGUGAGUACAACUCAUCGAAUGUCAACUCAUUCAAAAUCAGUAGUUUUUAUGCAAGUGUAAAUAUUAAUUCUCCGGAUGAUUCAGAAAUAAACAAUUCCAAAAAUCCUAAAAUCAGCUGUGGUGGGUUUAUUACGUGAUCUGACCCAAAAAAAAAGGGAAAUGUUUAGGGACAGGUUUCGAAUCAGGUUUUCAGACUGUUACGAAGCGUUGACACUGGAGACUCCUUCCAUAAAUGUCACAUAAAUGUCUUUUAACCAAUGAAAAUCAAUGAUUUUUCAAAUCCGGAGCGUCCGCCUGUGAAC